CGCCGAGCAACGACUGCCGCUGCCAGUCGAUUUCGUCAUGGCUACCGUUGCCAAAGAGCUCGUCAAGCCUGGCCACAUCUCUCGGGCAGGCUCUUCGAUCAUCGAUGAGAAACGGCGGUCCGACUCUGAAACGGUGUCUAUCGAGGAAAGUGUAGCCGCCAGAGAACGACGGCUCCUCAGGAAGCUGGACCUGCAUCUUCUCCCGGCGCUCACUAUGCUCUACUUGUUGUCCUUUCUCGACCGAUCGAACAUUGGCAAUGCCAAACUCGAUGGCCUGGUGACCGACCUCAAGAUGACACAAGCGGAUUAUUUGAACGCUCUUACCCUGUACUUUCUCGGCUACGUGUUAUUUGAGAUACCGAGCAACAUUGUCCUUAAGCGCCUAACUCCGAGGAUGUGGCUGCCGACCUUAAUGGUAGUCUGGGGCAUUGUUUCUACCCUUAUGGGACUUGUCCACAAUUAUGGCGGCCUUCUGGCUGUGCGCUUUUUCCUCGGUGCCACAGAAGCUGGACUCUUUCCCGGCGUCGUGUACUAUCUCUCCUGCUGGUAUAAGAGGAAGGAGCAGCAUUUCCGUAUCUCUAUUUUCUUCAGUGCUGCAAGUCUUGCAGGCGCGUUUGGCGGUGUCCUUGCCUACGCUAUCGGCAAAAUGAACGGCAUCGGCCACAAAUCUGGCUGGUCUUGGAUUUUCAUCAUUGAGGGUCUGUUCACCAUUGUACUGGCAGUCUUGUCCCACGCCUUUGUCCACAAUUACCCGGAUACAGUAUCGUUCUUAAGUCCGGAAGAAAAAGAAUUACUCCAUAGCCGCUUACGCAACGACAACGAUGCGUUGAGCGGGGAAAUCUUUGCAUGGCGCCAUGUGAGGAAGGCUUUCGAAGACGUCGCUGUUUGGCUGUAUUGUUUCUGCUUCGUAGGAUGCUCCCUUCCUUUGUACACUCUGUCCUUGUUCUUGCCGACGAUCAUCAACGAUCUUGGGUAUACAGCCGCCCAAGCCCAACUUUUAACUGUACCCCCGUACUUCGUCGCGACGGUCCUCACAUUCUCUACAGCCUGGGGUUCACAUCUGAUCAAUCGUCGUGCACCGUUCAUCAUUGGCGGCGCAGUGCUUGCGAUAGUUGGAUACAUCAUCCUCAUCACGUCCUCGAAGAGCGGAGUGCAGUACUUCGCAACCAUACUGUGCGCAGGCGGGAUAUAUCCGGCCACGGCCAUCACACUAUCCUGGCCUGCGAACAAUGUGUCCGGUCAGCUGAAGCGUGCGGUUGCGUGUGCACUGCAGAUCAGUGUAGGAAAUGGUUUGGGCGCCAUUGUCGGCACGCAACUGUACCGCUACGGCCCACGAUUCUACCUAGGCCAUGGAUUCGCCAUCGGGUACUUGUGCCUCGUCAUCGUCGCCGCAUCACUCAAUUGGCUCGUUCUGGCCAGACGAAAUGUAGAGAAGGAGAAGUUGCGGGAAUCUGACGAGUUUACGGAGGAGGAAGAUAGUCGCCUGCUUUUGGGUGAUGAGCAUCCUUCUUGGACCUUUCAACUAUGAUGUGAGUGACCAUGAUAUAUGAAU